UCUCUUUACUUUUCUCACAUCUUCCCUCCUUUCGUCUCUCUCCCUCUCUUUCUUUCUCCAUGACAACCAUCACCGAAAAAUCUGAAAAACCGUUCACUAUCUCCCAAAUCAAGGCCUACAUCCCUAUUGUCCUUGAUAUGAAGAAAUUCAACUACGAUGUGUGGCGCGAGUUAUUUGAAACACACUGCAUCACGUUUAGUGUUCUCAAACACAUCGACGGUACCGGUAAACCAUCACCGGAAAUUGCUACGGCAUGGAAGGAGCGUGAUGGCUUGGUCAAGAUGUGGAUUUAUGGAACCCUCUCCAAAUCUCUCCUUGACACAGUUAUGCAAGCCAAGUGCACAACCAGUGAUCUAUGGCUCUCUAUCGAGAAUAUUUUUCGUGAUAACAAGGAAGCCCGUUCUCUACAGUGUGAUCAUGAACUACGUACAACCACCAUUGGCGAUCUUAGUGUUCAUGACAACUGUCACAAACUCAAAAAUCUCGCUGAUCUGCUUGCGAAUCUUGACUCUCCCGUCACAGAUCGGGUACUUGUUAUGCAUCUCCUCAAUGGUCUCUCCGACAAGUAUGACAACAUCAUCAACUUCAUCAAACAAAAGACACCCUUCCCAACUUUCUCGACGGCACGCUCAAUGCUUAUCAUGGAGGAGGAUCGGCUUGCAAAACAGAGCAAACCACAACCAAACAACAACGAUAGCUCCUCUGCUCCCGCUGUUCUCUACACGGCAUCGGAGCACCAACACUUGAAACAUCCACCUCACCAAGGUCGAGGAGGCUAUAACAACCGUGGUCGUGGCAAUCGAAACAACCGUGGCAGGGGCGUCAUCAUGGUAAUCAUUCUUGGCAACAUCACUCAUACGGACCACCACAAUGGCCGUAUGGACCUCCUCCACAAUGGCCACUGCCCUAUGGUUUCCCUUCACACCAGUCGCAGUUUCCGAUGGCUCCUUCUUAUCCACGUCAGCAAUCAUUCUCUCCUACCAAUGACAUCCUCGGCACUGCUCCACAACACCGCUCUCCUGCUGAAGCUCAUAUGAUUCAGUCACCAUAUCCUCCGCCACAAACCACAUCACCAUAUCUGCCAUCAGAACUCACUCAUGCUCUCAACACGAUGACGUUACAGGAUCCAAACAACAACUCUUGGUACAUCAGAACUCACUCAUAUCACUGCGAGGAUCUUCGAACCAAGACUCCUCUUCUCUGAUGUGAUAGUCAAGGCCCUCUUUAUGCGGUGACUCCAACCAACAAACUCACACCACCGCAGGCUUUCAUCACCACAUCUAGUAGCACUCUCUGGCAUCGUCACUUGGGACAUCCCGGGAGCUCUGUUCUACAAUCUCUUGCUUCUUCUGGUUUUUUAGUUUUUAAUAAAAGCGACAUGCCAAGUUUGUGUCACGCAUGUGAAAUUGGCAAAAAUGUUCACCUUCCCUUUUCUGCUUCUUCGUCUAUUAUUUCUAAACCUUUUGAAAUUGUUCUCACUAGGAUAUUUGGACUUCUCAUGUACCGAGUUUUGGAGCAA